AAUUGUGUUUUGUAACCCAGGGGAAGACAUGGUGUAUAUAUUAAAGUUUUUUCAAACUGUCUCUCAAACACUUAAAGAGACCCACAACGAUACUUUAAAGUCUUCGUGAGUUCCCUGAAAGAUUUCAUAGCAAAUUUACUUUACAUUUAUCUUCGCUAAUCAAUAUGAGAGAAUGCAUUUCUGUCCACGUCGGACAAGCCGGAGUACAGAUGGGAAAUGCGUGCUGGGAACUAUACUGUUUGGAGCACGGUAUCCAGCCUGAUGGUCAGAUGCCCUCAGACAAGACCAUUGGAGGCGGUGACGACUCCUUCAACACCUUCUUCAGUGAGACAGGAGCUGGUAAACACGUACCCAGAGCUGUCUUUGUUGAUCUAGAACCUACUGUAGUCGAUGAGGUCAGAACAGGUACCUAUCGUCAACUGUUCCACCCAGAACAACUGAUAACAGGGAAGGAAGAUGCUGCAAACAAUUACGCCAGAGGUCAUUACACAAUCGGAAAGGAGAUUGUUGAUCUGGUUUUGGACAGAACCCGUAAAUUGGCUGAUCAAUGUACCGGUCUCCAGGGAUUCCUAAUCUUCCACAGCUUUGGUGGUGGUACCGGAUCAGGAUUUACAUCACUUCUCAUGGAACGUCUCAGUGUUGAUUAUGGAAAGAAAUCAAAACUUGAAUUCGCCAUCUACCCAGCACCUCAAAUAUCCACUGCCGUCGUAGAACCAUACAACUCUAUCUUGACUACUCACACAACUCUUGAGCAUUCCGACUGCGCAUUCAUGGUAGACAACGAAGCCAUCUACGAUAUCUGCAGACGUAACAUGGACAUUGAGAGACCAACCUAUACAAACCUUAACCGUCUUAUCGGCCAGAUCGUCAGUUCAAUUACUGCUUCACUCAGAUUCGACGGUGCUUUAAAUGUGGACUUGACCGAGUUCCAGACCAACUUGGUACCAUACCCACGUAUCCAUUUCCCUCUUGCUACAUAUGCGCCAGUUAUCUCUGCUGAAAAAGCGUAUCACGAACAAUUAUCUGUAGCUGAAAUAACAAACGCAGUGUUCGAACCAGCAAAUCAGAUGGUCAAAUGCGAUCCAAGACACGGCAAAUACAUGGCUUGCUGUAUGUUGUACAGAGGAGAUGUUGUUCCUAAAGAUGUCAAUGCCGCCAUUGCUACCAUCAAGACGAAGAGAACCAUCCAGUUCGUCGACUGGUGUCCAACUGGUUUCAAAGUCGGAAUCAAUUACCAACCACCAACUGUUGUACCAGGAGGUGACUUGGCGAAGGUACAGAGAGCAUUGUGCAUGCUGAGUAACACCACUGCCAUUGCUGAGGCAUGGGCUCGUCUUGAUCACAAGUUCGACUUGAUGUACGCCAAGCGUGCUUUCGUCCAUUGGUACGUCGGCGAGGGUAUGGAAGAAGGAGAAUUCUCAGAGGCCCGUGAAGAUUUGGCUGCUCUAGAGAAGGACUACGAAGAAGUCGGUGUAGAUUCAGUUGAAGGCGAGGGAGAAGAGGAAGGAGAAGAAUAUUAAGUGAUUUAUAACCAGAAUCAAGCAAUAAACAAUCUUUCAAUGUAUACUAUGCAUACGAUCUAUAGCAAUUAAAUAUGUCAUAUCUGAA